CUGAGGGAAAGUUCCCGACCCCCUGACCGGGAGCGGAGCAGCCGCCGCGAUGAGCCUGGAGUCCUUGUUCCAGCACAUCCUCUUCUCGGAGCACCAGGCCGAGGAGAGCCGCAGGGAGCUGCGGGAAGUGAGGUCAGAAAUUACCCGGUGUCGCGGGAAGAUUAGGAAAGCAACAGAGCAUCUGAGCGAAGAGAAAGUCAAGUUGGAAUCCAAGGUUCAGCAGUUUUCUGAAAAAACAUUCCUUUUAGAGCUUUUGAAAACCCAUGAAAAUGCCUUAGAGAGACAGUGCAGUGAAAUUAUGAACCAAAGGGAUACACUGCUCCAAGCCUUCGAGGCCACAAAGAAAAAAGCAACAGAGGAAGAGGAAAAAUUUAUUAAGGAAAUUACAGACUUCAAUGAUGAGUAUGAGAUAACCAAGAAAAGAGAUAUUCUGAUGAAAGAAAAUAUCAAGAUGGAAACUGCUGACUUGGAAAAGCAGGCAAAUGUUUUGAGAGGAGAAAUGAAGUCAAUGGAAUGUAACAGUGCCCAGUUACAGGAACUUCAAAAACAAAAAAGUCAACUGUUGAAAGAACUAUUUAUUCUCCAGAAAGAGCUUAAAGUUCUUAAAGAUGAAGAGACUGAAGCCAUUUAUACCACCAAAUACCUAGAGGCGGAAAAAAUAAAAGUCAAAGAAAAGCCUCAAUAUGAUGUUGAAUGCUUGAGACUUAAACAGGAGUUAGAUCUUUAUAAAGAAGAUGAAAUGGAAAGCGUCUGCAAAGCGCUCCAAACAGAAGUGGACUUUCUGGAGUCGAUACUGACACAGAAGGGUCGUCAGGACAAGUAACUUCUCAGAGUUGAUGAGCUGUCCCACAUUCGACCAUGGCAUCUUUCUCUCAACCCUGAAUGGCAUCUGCGUGGCAGAUCUCCAUGUAAACAUAAGGUUCAGAAUAGUCCACAUGCUGACAUCUAGAGUUGGUUUUUGUAUAUCUACACACUAAGUUUUAUCUUGUUACUUAGGAGGUCCCUGUGUGCUUUCUAAAGGAAGAGAAAGGAAAAGAUACCAUAGUCCAGGAUUCUUAAUGCCAACCUGUCCUUUCUGAUCGGUGCGUGUCAUUCUUUAUUGUAGCUUACCUCAGGUCCUGUCAACACACAGUGAAAGAAGUGUUCAGGUUAUUGACUCGGUUUUGUUCAUGGCGUUUCUGCCAAGCAAAAGUGCUUACUUUGAUUUUAAUCUUUUUUUCCGAUCAUAAAAUGUCUGUUGACAGUGAUCAUUUGGGGCCUUUCAUUCCUCUGUGUGUCUACAGAGCUUUGGAGCUGGGGCAUUUGCAGACAUACGCCAGUGGCUCCUGCCUACCACUUAUCUUACUAAUGACAGUUGGGAGCAAAGGAAAGUCUCCACUUGGGGAGGAUAGAAUGGCCAACAUCAUAUUUCUGAUUCCUAGAAAGGGUAUUUUCACUAGUGCUUGAAAGUAUAUCAACACUGCCCAGUCAGAGCCUAAGCUAGGCUAGGUGAGAGGAGGGUGUGUCUGAAAGUGUUUAGUGUUGAUGUUGGAGUCAUGUUCCUUUAUAGUUACUGUUGAAUUUGUUUAGUGCCACAUGGGACCUGUUCAGAAAAAGUAGAGAGCUGAGGUUUGGUCUUAGUUUCAAAGCAAGUCUUACCUUGCUACAGCUAUUUUUGUAAUUGUUGUACAAUCUUGGUUUUGAUAAGUAGCAAACUUCAAACACUUGCCUUUGGGGGCCAAUAUGAUGGCUUAGCAGGUAAAACUGUUUCCUGUCAAGCCGGGUGACCUGAGUUCAAUCCCUGAGACCUCUGUGGUGGAAGAAGAGAGCUGACUCCUGUGAUUGUCACCUCUUCAAAUACCAUCUGUUCUGCCAGGGAAUUGCAAUCUAUUUUAUAUAUAAUACAGAUACAGAGUAGGACCAGUUAUUGGGAUCAGUCAUGGCUGGUCUGUGCCCAAAUCUUAGCUCUUGAGACUAUUAUAUAGCAUUAAUGUUCUGAGUGGAUUUAUGCAGACACUCCUUUCCACCCUCAGUCACUCUUGUGCAUGGCUGGUUUUAGAGUGAAACACUAACAUGGUCUAAGGAAUGCCCAAUUUUUCCCCUUCCACUCAGUGGCACAUGCACAGAAUAAACUUCCACUGAUAUGACUGUCCAUCUGUGUGUGUCAUAUGGAAUGUGUAGGUAGAGUAUUCAGUGACACGAUCAGGCAUGAUGUGAGCUGGACCUGAGAGGACUAAGUUUGCUAUUUCCACUAUUCAAAAUGAAAUAAGGUACAUAACUCAAGAUUUAAGUCAUCGUUCAUAUAAUCAAAGGGAUGAUAUUAUGAGCAUUGUGUGGGAGAACAAUGCAAAACACUAGCCAUGUGACCUGGCUGGGACUGUGUUCAAGUAGCAGGUUCUGUGAAGUAAAGGAAACAGCAGCUGCAGACACACUAUUAAAGUUGAACUGCUCCUGGUGGCUGAGUUCUUUAGUUGUUCUCUUCUCCUUUUUACAUAUUUGUAAGUCAUAAACCUCGUGGAAGGAAAAUUAACUGAAAUUGUCUGGGUGUAUAUAUAUAUAUAUAUACAUACAUACAUACAUACAUACAUGUCUCAGAUUGAAUUUAAUUACUCUGGAAGUAAGACAGUGGUGAUAGAGGAAGGUAGUUUGUACAUGAAUGUGUAUUCAUUAAGUAAAUUCAUUAGAUUGUGCAUUUAGUUUUGAGCAAGGUGCCACUAACCCAAGCAAUCACCACACUGCAUGUGCGGCCUGGCACGCCACCAUGGGUCCUUAAUGCUACCCUACGUCUUUCAAGAAGCAAUUUCUUAUUCUUAAUUCUCCGCUGGGGACUGUAUUUGAAUGUAUAUUUGCUACAUAUUCCCCUGUUGAUUGAUGGAGCCAUUUGGCUAGAGAGAAAAUAGCAAUAAAAUUAUAGGAUAUGGACAUGGUCCUGGUGAAGAUUCCUUUCUCUGUUUUUAGACCUUAUUGUAGAGAGGGAGGGAGGGAGAGACAAA